AUGUCGCUAGCAUGCCGCGUAAUCGGACAAACGAACUCAGCGAACGCAAACACCGUUUUGCAUCGCUAUAAUCUCAGUUCUUCUGACAGCAUAUACAACACAUUGGUUCACCAGUACCUCCGAGAUGUGAAAAACGGGUACACGGACAUCAGCUCGGAUGCGAAUGCUGUUGUUUCCAAGCUAGGAAGCCUCUUUUUGGACAGUCACGGCGUUUCCAAGCGACUUACAUGCAACAAGGGCCGAGUAGACCCGGUGGAGGCUUGCACAGCCGUGGAGAGGUACCUUGCGGAGCACAAGGAGAUGCAGCUGAUGUCGAAUGAGGAGUACGAGAGGGUUUGCGGUCACGUGACACAGUUAAAACAGAUGGUUCGAAACCGGAUUGGUGAGGAGCGGGAUUCGGAGUUGGAGAGGACCAGCAGGAAGAUUGAGGAGGGCGAGAGGCGGAUCUCGCAGCAUGUUGCUGCAUUGAUGAAGUUUGGAUACUUCAGGGAGUUUUUGGUUUCGAGUCAGAGUUCGAUAGAGCAAAAUAUCGAAGUUGUGGGGCGAAAAAGCCAGGGUGGGCUUGAAAAAGCGCUGGAGGAUCUUGUUUCGUGUGUGAUAUCGCUCUCGAUACAGCACGGGAUUACAGUUCCUCAGCCAGAUCUCCAGACGAUGCAGAAUUUCAUUGGUCGGAUCAACUGGUGUAAAGAGUGCAUUGCGAAGUUGGUUCAAGGUCUUGCUUUAACCCCGAGCUCAAGUGUGGAUGGAAGACGCGAAUCGCCGAUUAUGCAGCCAAGCAUGAAGUCGGAAAAUGGCGGAGAAGUGGGCAAAGAGGCCAAAAAUUCUUCGGAGACCAAACCAAAGGGCAGCGGGGGAAAAAUAGACGAUCUUAGGACGGCACUUAACGAUUUACAGUUUGCACACGUGUACUUGGCACGGCAAUACGAGGACGAGAGAAGUAGGUACAAUAAAUCUCUGAAUCAGCUCCGGUUGAAACUCAGCCAAUCACAGGAGCUGCUUGCGGGAUCGAACGAGCAGCUUACAAACCAGACCCAGCAGUCAUUAAAGCUUGAGACGAAGCUUAGUGAGACGCUUUCUGAGUUGGGUGAGUGUAAGAAAAAGCUGCAUGAGAAGAGUAUGGAAAUAAGCAUACUUAGAACGGACCAUUUAGGCGAAACUUCGGAGCCCGACAGACUUUCAGAUGGGCAGGCGAGGUCUGUCGAAUCUGGAGAUGAGCUGGAUCUACAAAAAUCACCCAGAUCGCAGGCUUCUGACUCUGGAUCUUUCAAUUCGAAUGCUGUCAGUGCACCUAUUCUAAGAAUGGAAUUUAAGAAGAUUGUAAAGCAGAUGAACGAGGAUUUCGAGAAGGAGAUCGAGAAGGAGCGCACGGAACGUCGCAGGUUGGAAAAUUUGGUCAAAUUGUACGAGCAAGAUGGCCAGAAACAUUAA